AUGAGAAUUUUUAACUAAAACUAUUGUUAUCUUGUUUUGGGAACAUUUAUGUUACUUUUAAAAGUACCAAUAAAAAAGAUUAAUCGUAAUACUGAAAAAAGUGGCUUAGAAAACGCAGGUUUAUGAUUGUUACACUAAUAUUCCAUUUUUGUUACCAAAGAACAUUUAAAUAAGUACAAGUACUUCAAACACAACUUUUAUUCAAUCAAUCAACCUGUGGCCUAAAAUAAAAUUGGUAACAUGGCGAACGAAACUGUAACCGAGAUGAAAGAAUUACAAGAUCGUAACAAAUAUCUUGAAGAUGAAAAUGCCAAUUUAAUGAUGAUGUUAGAAGAAUACGAAGAUAACAUUGAAUUAUUAAAGACUGAAAUUCAGUCAUUAAACCAAAAGAAUGAUGAUCUAGAAGUUGAAGCAUCAAAGUAUCAGUCGGCCCUUGGAAUAGCAACAAAUUUUGAUUAUAAUGAUGAUCAAAAUCUUAAUGUUGAACUCAAUGAAGAUAUUUUAGCAUUACAUGACACUUUAGAAAAUUAUGUUACAAAUUUGAAGCCUAAAAUAGAUGUUAAUAUAAAUAAAGCAAAAGAGCUUUUACGUAAAUAUAAAUGUCAAAUAAAGAUUUCCGAUAAAGAACCAAACAAACCACUCAUCAAAGCUGUAUUACAGCGGUAUGUACUUGAAGAAAUACUUGAUAAAGCGGAAACUUAUUUCACAAGUUCAAAUAAAGAAUGUUAUCUUGAGUCAGAUAUAGUAGCAUCAACUACGAAUUUGACUGGUCUAAUGGAAAGACUUCAUAAUAAUCGUCUUGGUGAUGAUGAAAUAACUCGUCUUAUACCAAUAAGAUUACGUCAACAAGUUUAUAUUGCACUUGGCACUCGAGGAUUUAAUGAUAUCAAAGAAUCCAUAAGUAAAUAUAAUAAACAUAACUUUAUUGAUGUUAUCUCGAAAAAAAUCAAUAUGAUGAUGGAUGAAUAUCGUGAUAUUAAAGAUAUUGAAAAGAAGAAAUAUGUAAAUGCGCUAGCAGAAAAUUUAGUCCGAGAUGUCGUUAGAAUAUUUUAUUUUCGCUUACCCAUUCAAGAACCAGUGGCUCAGUAUCGUUGGUUUAACAAUAACGAAAAAAUCAACAACAUCUUCAUGAAAGGUAGUUGGGAUGAGAAUGAAAUUGAUGACUUGGUCGUUGAAGUUUGUUCAUUUCCGAUGAUUUAUAAACCAGAUGAUGAUGGUGAUAAAGUUUGUACUCCCGCAAAAGUUUUUCCACGUCAUUUUAUUAAAAAAAGCCUAACAGAAGAAUGUAUGGAUGUAAUAGGCAACUUCAUGAAGAUGGUUAAAUCGGAUGAUAAUUCAGCUCUAAGUCUGCAAGUAGAUGAAAACGAAUUUGAACAAACUGGUUCAGCUAACUCUCAUGUGUCAAAUUAAAAGCAAUUAUUAAUAAAUGAAAUCAUUUAAACAAAUGAUAUUCACGUCAACUCAACUGCUAAUUGUAUAUUCACAAAAAAUAUUUUUUUUAUUUAUGACAAAAAAGUUAUCAUAGUAAAAUAAACCUUUUGAAAUUGUUUUCUUAAU